AUUAGUCUUAGUUGGAACAGGUGCUGAAAUCAUCAAUUCCCCAUCCCCAAAACACGAAGAAUGAUUAGUACCUUCCUCACUCGAAGUGAAUCCUGUUAUAUAUCCCAUUCCACACCACCAUGGUUUUGACUCUCAAUUUCAUUCUUACUUGCAUGUGACAAUGUGACACAGCCUGGGAGCAUCAGUCACCACGCUUCAUGUAAAUUCUAAUUGCUACAGCCCUAUAAAGGGGCAUGAACUAAAUUUCAGCCCCUAGGUCCUCAGGGUAGAAAUGAAAUUCAGCUCAUCCCCUGCAGCCCUCUAGCGCCCGGGACCCAUGCCUCUCCCAGGGGCAAGUGACCCACCCCUCAGGCUCCGAUUCAGGAAACCGACCGGAUAUCUAGUGCCACACGGGUAUACUGACAUGUCCAUUGCAUAUGCAAACACCAGAGGGUUGUGCUUGGCUCAGGAGAUUAUGUAAGAAAAGGAACCGGAAUGAUGAGCCCAGGUGAGCAGGGACCAGCCCCUGCCCAACAGUAGAGCUGAUUCUCUUACCAGGCUGCUGGGACACAAAGUCCCCUUAAGCCAUUGCCUCUCUGAGCCUCACAGUCUGACCAUUGAUGCAGGGUACUGACCCUCACCGUCACACUGAUGCUGCUAAUGUUUUUCUAUCACAGUCUCAAUUGUUGAAACAGAACCACUUCUGCAGGUGUGCUUGAGGAAGCCACUAUUCAUUAGGUGUUCUGCCCCUGCUGUUACAUUUUGAGCCUCUGUCCCUUCAUCUAUAAAAGCAGAUGGACAGUUCCCCUUGAUGACAUUAGGAAAAAAUGUACAGGAUUAUGGAAAUGCAGGCCCGAUGUGUUUGCUGGUCAUAUGGAUAAUUAGGAGCAGGUUUUUUUGUUUGUUCAUUUGUUUUCUACAAUCCCUUCAGGGACUGUUACACUGUUUUGUACACAGUAGGUGCUCAAUAUGUGUUUCUUGGUCUGAACUGAGUAAAGGCUGCAGGAUGCACAUGUAGGGGUUGUGACUGUCUCAGCAGCUUGCUCACCUAUGGCAAGCUGGCUCUGUGAGGGCAUUGUUCAUCCCUGGCAUCCGUGAGGAGAGGCUCCUGCAACCCCACAGCACAGGGGGGGACCAUCUCAGCUGCCUCAGAGAUUGGGGAUGGACCAGGGUUUCAUGGGUGGCUGGAAACCCAGGUAAAGAUGCUGGGACCAUCUCCAAGAAACUCCUUGCCCUCAAGAGGGUCCGCCUAUUCUCGAGCCAUCUGCUGGAGGGGGGGGGUCCCUGAGCAGCAAGUGGGGAAUAUGGGAAGAAUGACUAGGACCCCACUUCAGGGAGGAAGUUCAGCCUGUUAGAAUCCCCGUAAACUAGGAAGGAAAGAAUAAGUGACUAAAUGGUCGCAUCAGAAAUGUGGUAACACUUUUUCAUUUCUAAAGGAUUCUCAAUUUUACAGAUGGAAAUGAAAGCUGGGAGAGGGAAAAUGACAUUCACAAGACCCCCCAAUUGAUCCACCUGAUCUGAUUACAGCAGGUCCAGAACCUGUGUGUUGUGACCCCUAGACUCUUCAAUUUCUAUGGCAUUUUGCUGCUGUCACAUUUAUCUUAAAUACACUUUUCAAAACAGAGGCUAAUAACAAGAAGGCUUUCCUGUUUGAAACCUUUCCCCAAGAGCUCAUUGGAUACAGGGACUACCAUAACAAUGCGGUUCCAUGCCUGCCCCACCAACUGAGGCUUAUGUGUUCCAAAGAUAGUCUCUAACGUGCUUCAUGGUUCUAAAAUAAAUAGCAUGCAAUUAACACUGUACCACUGUUUCUUUUAUUUUUGAGUCCACACUGACAGCUUUGAGAAAAAUAUCCUUCAGACAUUUACUGGCACUAAUAUUUAUCUAAUAAAAGACCACACCACAUAUCCACAGAAUAAGCCCUUCAUAUUUGCUGACCUUCUAUGGAGUAAACACUUUUGAUUUUCCAAAUACAAGACUCCAGUGAGCACAUUCCAUAUUGCCAUUUCAUUUCCAUCCAGUUAAGAAUGCAUCCCUUAUCCAUUUGGGGAAUAUUUACCUUCUUGUUUUUGAAGCAUCAGCUUGAGUUUAUUUCCACUUAUGCCACCUAAAGGAAUGAAAAUUGAAAUCCAUAUCAGAGUUACACUGUACCCUUCAAUUUAUCAAAUGCAGAAAUCAGAGUGGGAAAAAAAGAACUGCAGGCCCCUACCCUGAUUUGGCAACUUGGUGAUAUCACAGUAUUUAAUGCUUGUAGUAUUCCCUGGCCAGCAGGACAAACAAUUCAGGCGGCCCAUGGCUAAUAUUGGUGAUAAUGACCACAGCUGACCAAGGGCAUUAUGAUUUGAGCUAGUCAGAGUGAUGCUGUUCUUUUAGCCCUGUGUCUUGCUAUGAGGGGCAACCAUCUGUCAUGUGCAUCUUUCUGCAAACUUUCGCUUCAUGGUGUAAUACAUUGAAUAGUGUCCUCCCGAAAUUCCUAACCACGAGAAACCCCUGAAUGUAAGCUUAUUUGGAAAUGAGGUCUUUUCAUAUAUAAUCUGUUAAGGAUCUUAAAAUUUUUCUUUAAAAAAAUUUUUUUAACAGCCUGACUCAUCACUGAGAGAGUCUCAAGAUGUUAUAUGGGAUUUAGAUGAACAGAAAUCCAGUGAUUAGUGUUCUUAUAAGAAGAGAGGAUCCAGAGAGGUCACCCAUGUGAAGACAGAGGCAGGCAGAAAUGGGAGUCGGGCUCCCACAUACUGGAGAACUUGCUUUCGCUCUCUAAAAGUGCAGCCCAGUUUUGUAGCUUGCCCAUCACCCUAAAACCAAGCAUGAUUUGUACCACUUGCUGUUAUUUGUAUUUGAUUUCAAAAGUAUUUCUGAUCAGCUCAAUCAUUUUUAAUAGAAAAUACCUUGUCUUCCCUAAUAGAACACACCCCUCCACCCAGUAAACUGGCUUGCAGACCUAUAGAAGCCUCUGACCCUUAACUGUUGCAUGCAGACAUGCUGACUUUGUAAGUAGUGAGUAGAGUAUCUUCAGGUGUAAGGAACUGGAGUCUGGCCCCAGAUUGGAGGUAAUGGUGACCACUUUCUCAGCAGGGUUCUUAGCCUCUCAUUCCAUGGACAGACUAAAAGGGGGUCUAGAAAGGUGUGAAAAAUUGUGUUUGCAUCUGCAAAGGCACAAUUUUCUGGGAAUAGGAACCAUAGCUUUUGCCACACUCUCAAAAGUAUCUGUGACCCCAAUUAAAUUAAAAAACCCCACUUUGUUUGUGAAUUACAUCAAUAAAGCUGGGAGAAAAGAAAUAAAUGUUUUAAAAGAGAGCCUCUGCAUGAAGAACUUACUAUGGAGUUGGGGAGAAAAAAAUAUCCACAGCUGAGAAUUACAAACUGGCUGCCCUAUGUAGGGAUGUAUUUUAUUAGCAUACCCACUGUUUACAGAUUUUGAAUUUGAAGACCUCUGAGCCAAGUUGCUCAGCAAAUCCAUGGUCCAUAAGCAGCCACCUAACCUACUAGCCUCCUGUAGCAUCUGGAUUAAGGUGCUACCUACCUGCCUGCAGAGUCAUUGGGCCAUCCAGGGAGCCUGCUGGCCUGUCCUCUGGGAUGGGACAGGGAACCUGCUAGAACUUACUAAGUCUAUUUCCUGCUAAGUGCCUCCCUUGUAAUUCACGGAUAUGGUGGAAACACUUUCUAGCUGUACAGGGAGAGCCCCAGUACAUACCGCUGUCCUUGUAAAUUAAUUUUGCUCUCAAGAGUGUUUCAGCUUGGAUGAUAAUUACAUGGCCACCCAAUUUUUCUAGGUUUAAUGGCAUGGAAAUGGCUUCGUAAGAUCUCCAGGGACACCCUGAAGGGCCAGGAAAAAGAGGUGGUGGUUGCCUUCACACCUUCCCUUGGAGAGCUGGGAGUCUGUUGGGUGGCGAGCUAAGGUAUCAGUGUAGUGCACAGCAGCCCGUGGGUUUUUGUUUCCUGUGCUCAGGUCAGUCUACAGAGACGUCGUUGUUUAAAAAGCAAUUGCAAUCUUAGGCUGUUUAGUAAAGGAUACUUAAAAAAAAGAAAGUACAAAAGAAGACAUACAUGAGGCCAACUAACACAUGAAAAAAUGCUCAUCAUCACUGGUCAUUAGAGAGAUGCAAAUCAAAACUACAUUGAGAUACUAUCUCACGUCAGUUAGAAUGGCGACCAUUAAAAAAUCUGGAGACAACAGAUGCUGGAGAGGAUGUGGAGAAAUAGGAACACUUUUACACUGCUGGUGGGAGUGUAAAUUUGUUCAACCAUUGUGGAAGACAGUGUGGCGAUUCCUCAAGAACCUAGAAAUAGAAAUUCCAUUUUUAUUUUUAUUUUUUUUUUGAGAUGGAGUUUCGCUCUCGUUACCCAGGCUGGAGUGCAAUGGCGUGAUCUCGGCUCACCACAACCUCCGCCUCCUGGGUUCAGGCAAUUCUCCUGUCUCAGCCUCCUGAGUAGCUGGGAUUAUGGGCAUGCGCCACCAUGCCCAGCUAAUUUUUUGUGUUUUUAGUAGAGACGGGGUUUCACCAUGUUGACCAGGAUGGUCUCAAUCUCUUGAAAUUCCAUUUGACCCAGCAAUCCCAUGACUGGGUAUAUAUCCAGAGGAUUAUAAAUCAUUCUACUAUAAGGACAUAUGCACACAAAUGUUCAUUGCAGCACUGUUUACAAUAGCAAAGACCUGGAACCAACCCAAAUGCCCAUUGAUCAUAGACUGGAGAGGGAAAAUGUGGCACAUAUACACGAUGGAAUAUUAUGCAGCAAUUAGAAAUGAUGAGUUCAUGUCCUUUGUAGGGACAUAGAUGAACCUGGAGACCAUCAUUCUCAGCAAACUGAUACAGUAACAGAAAAUGAAAUACCACAUGUUCUCACUCAUAGGUGGGUGUUGAACAAUGAGAACAGAUGGACACAGGGAGGGGAGCACUACACACUGCGGUCUGUUGCAGGGAAUAGGGGAGGGACAGUGCGGGGUGGGAAGUUGGGGAGAGAUAGCAUGGGGAGAAAUGCCAGAUAUAUGUGAAGGGGAGGAAGGCAGCAAAUCACACUGCCACAUGUGUACCUAUGCAACUAUCUUGCAUGUUUUUCACAUGUACCCCAAAACCUAAAAUGCAAUAAAAAAAAUAAAGGAAGUAACUGUCCUGUCUCUGUACCACCACGGCUCUGAGCGGACCUCUUCUCUACUAUUUAGUUCAGUUCACAUCAUCUGACUUGAAGAAGAUCACAGAAAAUCUGGAGUAGUGGUCAAAGGAGUGUCCAUGGAGGACUAGGGCCCAAACAUGUGUUAUAUGAGAAGAAAUUAAAGGAAUUUAGGUGUUUAACUUAGAGAAAUAAAACUUCUGGGGCUGGAUGUGGUGACUCAAGCCUAUAAUCCCAGCACUUUCGGAGGCCGAGGAGGGUGGAUCGCCUGAGGUCAGGAGUUCGAGACCAGCCUGGCCAACUUUGUGAAACCCUGACUCUACUAAAAAUGCAAAAAAUUAGCUGAUGUUAUAGCACAUUCCUGUACUCCCAGCUACUCAGGAGGCUGAGGCAGUAGAAUUGCUUGAACCCAGGAGGCAGAAGUUACAGUGAUACCAUUACUGUAUUCCAAGAUACCAUUACUGUAUUCCAUCCUGGGUGACAGAGUGAGAGAAAGAAAGAAAGGAAGAAGAGAAAAAGAAAGAAAGAGAGAGAGAGAAAGAAAGAAGGAAAGAAAGAGAAAGGAAGAAAGAAAGAGAAAGGAAGGAAGAAGGGAGGAAGGGAGGGAGGGGAAAAAAGAAGCUUGUGGGAGGAGAACAAUGGCUUUGAGUGACUGCUGGGCCAUGGGUUAGGGCAUGAGUAAAAUUUCCAACAUCCAGAUGGACAGCCACCCAAGAUAGGACAAAUGGCCCUGGGGGAUGGGGGGUGUUGGAUUAAGAGUUGUUGGAGGUGUCUGAGAGUAAACAAAGGUGGUGAGCACUUGACUAGGCUACUGUAGAGGGGAUUUUCUAGUUACACGGAGGUGGGACUACUGUUGAACAUUCUACUUCCCUUCCAAACUUAAGUUCAAUGAAGAAACCUAUGAAAAUAUUUGCCAAGGCAGACAGAUACGUUCCUUGGCACUAAUAAUAGCAUUCAUUAAUGUCUUAACAUUUGUCAGUCUCUAACAGCUCACAGGGUAGUGCAUACAGAAUUAGGUAUGGCCCCUCCAUCUGUUUGCCUUCUGUAAAAGUGCUUAACAAUUAAUGAACGAAAUGUGGUCUGAUGUUGCAAUAGACAUUGAGUUUAGGCAUUUGCAAUGAGGCUGCAAUUUCUUGCAGCAACUGUAUGUCACGAUUACUCCAGAAACGAGAACGUCACCAAACCUUAGCUGUAGACUGAAAAGCGCAAAUAAGUCCCAAAUUAUGAAUUAUGAAUGUUGCUACUGUGCCAGUUACUACCCACUGAACUACGUAUCAGUACAUAUAAUUGGACACUACACUAAAUUCGUUUGAACAAAAGGAACAAUAGAAUGGCUGUGAUUUUUUUUUUUCUGUAUUAUGGAUUUUUCACCCAGUAUCAUCGGCUCUUCAUUCUAGGCUGCAGUAAUAAUCACUCCUGAAUUUAUCCAAUCCAGUCACCUAGUAUUAGCUCUCCCAGCAAAUUCAGAACUGCAAGGUGCUCCUUUGGGGGUGCUAAAUAUUAAUAAAUUGAUCAGGUAGGGGCCACAUUCAUUUUCUUUAUUAAAUAUUUGUGAGAAAGGGUAUGGUGGUUCAAGCCUAUGAUCCCAGGACUUUGGGAAGCUAAGGCAGAAGGAUCACUUGAGCGCAGGAGUUCAAGACCAACCUUGGCUACAUAGUGAAACCCAUUUCUACUAAAAAUUAGGAGCAAAAAAAAAAAAAAAAAGUCGGGCAUGGUGGCACACACCUAUAGUUCCAGCUACUUAAGAGGUUGCGGUGGGAGGAUUGCUUGAGCCUGAGAGAUCAAGGCUAGGUGGCAGUGAGCUAUGACAGCAUAAUUGUACUCCCGCAUGGGCAAUAGAGUAAGACCCUAUCUCAAAAAAAAAAAAAAAUAGUUUGUAGGUAGCAUAAAGAGUCACCUUUGGGAUUCUACAUCAAGAUUUUCUUUGCAUAAGAACUUUCACAUCCCAGGUCAGUGAUGAUGUUUUAACUGACUUCUAUCACUGAGUUAUUGAUAAAAACUAAAUAAAAUACCAGCCAGUGCUCACUUGACUUAUUCAGAUGUGCUUCUUCUUCUCCAUUUUUUUUGAGACAGAGUUUCACUCUUGUUGCCCAGGCUGCAAUGCAAUAGCACCAUCUCAGCUCACUGUGACUUCCACCUCCCGGGUUCCUGCCCCAGCCUUCUAAGUAGCUGAGAUUACAGGCAUGUGCCACCACGCCUGGCUAAUUUUGAAUUUUUAGUAGAGACGGGGGUUUCCGCAUGUUGAUCAGGCUGGUCUUGAACUCCCAACCUCAGUGAUCUGCCUGCCUCAGCUUCCCAAAGUGCUGGGAUUACAGGGGCGAGACACCGUGCCUGGCCCAGAUGUGCUUCUUAAAAUGCCAAGAACAAAGAGUUGGGGGCAGGUAAGCUAUACAGUGGGAAAUAACUGACUAGCUUCGCUGGUGGUUCUGAUGUAGAACAGUACUCUUCCCCGCCUGGACAGACCUCGCCGCCUCCCUUGCUGUUCUAGCAAUCCUGGGGCUCCACCCCAGGGCUCCUAUUGAAUGUCCCCUGCCUCUUCUCACCUGGAGUUCAGUUUUCAUACCUGUUCUGAAUGAGCAAAAUACAGAAACUAAGCAAUUGAGUGAACUAAAUUCAAGGGUGGCCAGUAGACCAGGCAGGAGUUUUUCUCCAGUACAUUCAGGUGCAAGGAUGUAGUGAGGGACUGGCAGAGUUGGGUUUAAUGGGGUUUGGGGUUUUUCCUGGCUAAUAUGACUGUGGGAGAAUGGGCAAAAGCACUGAAUGCACAUGGAGGGGAAGGAUUAAUGGUGGGCUCUGGAAUCCAAGCUGGUGUGGAGGAAAUCAAGGAUAAGGAGGAAGGGAGGGAUGGUUGCAAAUCCAGCAUCAGGGAGGUGUAGGUCCCGGGGGAUCAAACUUUUGUUGAGGUAGAGGCACAUGGCCAGAAAAUAGGAGGUGGGGUCGUGGGUGGGAUGCUUGACAGAGAUUACCAAGGGUCACAGUUAUGAUCAUGAUGCUGUCUAUGAUGUGAUGGAAAGUGGCUCCUGGAAUCCUGUGGACAGCAGGAGCCUGGAGGAGAGGAGGGAGCCGCUGAAGGGCCAGGCAUUGGAGGGACUAUCCAUGGGAAUAUGCACCCCUAAUGAAUUACAGCAGAAGCAGUGCUGGGGAGACAGACUGCUAAGUGGCCAGGUGCUGAGAUCUUCAGGGAAUGAGGCCAGUGGCCUCAGAGGCAACCUCUAAAGGUCGGGGUUGGUGCCACAGUCUACAGCAUGGGCCACAAAGCUUUUUCUUUAGGCAGGGAUUAUGGGGGACAUGAGGAGGGCAGGAGAAGGAGUAUAAAGAUUUGAAAGUGAAGGCAAGAAACAAACAGGAUUAUCCCUAAGCCCAGGAUGGGAUGGGUGUGAGCAAAAGACACCCACCCCUCAGCAGGCAGAAGCACAAGUGGCCUCUCAGGGCAGCACCAGAUCCAGUUCAGGAGAGGGACUGAAGGCAUUGCUCACGGCAGAUAUUUGUGAUCUGCACAAAAUGACACAUAUAUAGUUUACUAAUAUUUUCAACUGGAUUCCUAUGACAUUUAUUUUAAAUAACAUGUUUGCUGAGAUAUAUGAAAUUUUAAGACUUAUUUAUUUCUUACACGCCCAUCAAUUUCAGACAUUUCAACUCUGGAACUGUUAUUAUCCGGCAAGUCGCAAUGCAUUAUAAUUUUUAUGCUCUUAUGCAGACCACACAGUUUUGAUGAAACAAUAGCUGGAUACUGAUUUUCCACGUUUUAUUUAGUUUCUGUUCCAGCAGUUGUAAAAUACAGGUAGCACUGCUGCCCCCAGGUGGUGUGCAGAAAACUGCACCUUCAUCUUCUAAGAAACACCUACCUGAGCACUUUGUGGGUAUAGGUUGGCUGGCGUCAUCUUUUGAACUUGAUAUAACUCAGUGGAAUGGCUGUAAAGGCUACUACAUGUAGUAUUUUACUGUAGCAGAUACAAACAGGUAAUUGUUUAUUAACUGACAACUCCAAGAAAAUGAAUACUCCUCUUCACAUCCAGUGCCCCAAUACACCACCAUCCAUGUGGGUAUGAAGAUAAAUGUGCAUACAUUUCCAAUUCCUAUGAUGUUUCAAGUAGAGGUUGAUAAGUGUGAAUAUUUAAGAAUUUUCCAUCUUCAGAACUGAAAAUGAGCAUGCAAAUAACCGUUAAGCCUGUGAAAUUAAAUAAAAACUUGAAAGAAUUCAAACUUAAGCUGUUGGAAUUUUAAAUUAUCCUGAGCCAUGAGAGAAAUGUGGCUGUGCAGCCUGAGUCACGUGUCACGUAGCUGCAACCUGCCUUGCUUUCCCCAUUCAUAAUUAAGACCAAAUGGUGCCAGAGAUAAGCCCCCCUCAGAUCAUUACCCCUUCUCAUGGAGUAAUACUUUUUUUUAAGAAUGUAACAAUAUGUAGAUCUCUGUAGUGUAUGGAAAAGGUUGCAAUCCCGCUAACAUUUCCAUCUAAGUGAAACCUUAACCCCUCCACUUUGGAAUGCUGACCCCAUCGGUUUGGUGUUUCAUGGUUUGGUGUUUCCUGUCCUCAAGCUUUGUACUCGAAUAAAUUCUAAACUUAACAUAUUUUCUGAAUCUCAUUAUUUAAGAUUGACAACCAUUAUUAACUAAUACAGCAGACCUGUGGUUUUCAAAGUGUAUGCCUUGAUUGGCAACAUUGGCAUCACCUGGGAGAUUGCCAUACAUGAAAAUUUCCAAGCCCCACCCCCACCUACUGGAUCAGCUACUCCAGGGUGGGACCAGAAAUCUGAGCACUAACCAGGCCUCCAGGUGAUUCUGAUUUCACUUAAGUCUGACAGUUGCUGGUUAGAGCCUUGCUACACCAAUAUGGUCCACAAGAUUGACCGCACCUGAGAGGCCAUGAGACUUGCAGCCUCUGGAGUUCUUCCCUGCAUCUCCUGAGUCAGAAUCUGCAUUUCAAUAGGAUCCUCAUCUCUUUCAAGCUUGAGAAGCACUUUUUUAUAGGACCCAGAUGGCAGAGAUCAUCCUUUGCUUUCCAAAUAGCCAUUCCUGCCCCUCUUCUUCUCUGCUAAGACCUCAGUCUUACAAAUGGUAGGGAAAAUGGGGGUGGGUGUCUUGCACAUUUUGAGAAGAAAAGAAAUUGUUUUUAUUGCAAAACUUCUCUAAAAGUUGCAGUUGCUUGCUAGUAAAAGCUUCUCUAGCUAAAAUGAGUGAUAUCUGUGUGGACAAAUGAAAUGCAGAGGUUGGAAGAAGGAAAAAUGCAUCAGUCCCUCCUCUUGCAUCCCUGGACUGAGGGUCCAGGUCUGCUUGUUCCCUGACAGGAACUGGGUCAAGGCUUGCCAUGAGCCACAGCUGGGGCUUUGGCUUGCCCUUCUCCAGCUCUCCUGACCAUUUUUGACCUAGUAGAGGGGAAGAGAUUAUGCUAUGUGAACAAGGUUUUAGAGAUAGUCUGCUGUGCCAGGAAGACUGAAUCUGAAUCCACACAUGGUCCCUCGAGAGCUAUUAACUCUUGGCAUUAUUGUAGCUCAUCUCACUAGCCAUCAACUUCACACAAAUGUCGUGAGCCUCCCGUCAGAUGAUCUAUGCAAAGCCAGUUUGGAGACUGCAUAGUAGCAGUGAAACAAAAGGAAUUAUACUAACUGCCAUCAUUUUUGCACAGAAGUUUUUUUGAGAGGGAGUCUUGUUCUAUCACCCAACCUGGAGUGCAGUGGUGUGAUCUCUCAGUUUACUGCAACCUCUACCUCCUGGAUUCAAGUGAUUCUCCUGUCUCAGCCUGCUGAGUAGCUGGGAUUACAGGCACACGCCACCAUGCCUGGCUAAUUUUUGUAUUUUUAGUAAAGAUAGGGUUUCAACAUGUUGGCCAGGCUGGUCUUGAACUCCUGACCUCAGGUGAUCCACCCACCUUGACCUCCCAAAGUAUUGAGAUUACAGGCAUGAGCCACCAUGUAUGGCUGCACUGACUUUUUAAUGGGCAAUUUUUGAAAACAUUUGCACCAAUUAAUUUUCUAAAACGGGAAGCCACCAUCAGUAAGUUAGGGUCUUUUAAAUUUUAAUUCCUUGAUUACUUAACCUCAGGUCUCUUUGGUCUAUUAUACUCUUCCUUUCCCUUCAGGAAAAGAAAAUCUGUUUGGAACUAUAAAUAAAUAUGAACUUGACUCAUCUUUGAUUUCCUAGCAGAUGUUUAGCACCAAUAGAAAAAAAAAAUAGGUAGAUUCACAGUUUUCAGCAAGAAAUAUUACUUUAAUUCAAUGCACCCAGUUUGAUUGUGUCUUUUCUACAUCAUGAGUGCCACAAUAGGAUCUGGAGAUAGAAAGCUGAAUGAAAUAUGUUAGCUUCCCUCAAAAAGUUUAUCAACUGGUGGUGGUGGUGGGUAUAGAUAUUUAACAACAGUAGUAUCUUAGCUGGAAAGAGAGUUGAAGGAAAAACUAUAGACACAGUAAAUGUAACAUAGUUGAGCUGUGUUUCAGUGGGACAGACCCCCUACCAGAAUAGGUUCAGAGUGCCUCCAGGGCUCUCUGGUGAGGUAACAUUCAUGGGCAGAAAAGAGAAGGCAGGGCCAGGCGUGGAGGAGGCCAGGCAGGAAGUAGACCAGGCAGGAAGGAGGAAGAAGAUUGUGGGUGUGGGGCUGUGACUUUCAAAAAGGGGUCAUGGAAGUCCUCAUGGAGAAAGUGUAAAUUGGUAACAGCGUGGAGGUGGUAAAGGAGAGAGCCAUACAGGUUUCUCGGGGGACAGAGUUCCAGGCAGAGGAAAGAGCAAAUGCAAAGGCCUUGAGAUAGAAAACCUCCCAUUCUGGAAAAAGCAGGUCAGUGAAGCUGGUCAGAGUGUGCGCAUGGGAGAUAUGUUGUAGGAAAUGGGUCAGAGAAAUGGGUGGGAGCCAGGUCUCACAGGAUUUUGGAGAUUAUUGGUGACUCAGGGACAAGUGGCAUCAUCUGGCAUUUUUUUUUUUCACAAUCAUAGCACACUACAGCCUCUCACUCCUGGGCUCAAGCCAUCCUUCUGCCUCAGCCUUCUGAGUAGGUGAGACUACAGUGUACCACCAUGCCCAGCUGAUCUGGCUAAAUUUUUAACAGGACAUAUCUGCCUGCAGAGACUAGGCAAAAAGUGGGAAGAGCAGAAGUGACUUUGAAAGUGUUGGGAUAUUUUUAAUAAUUAAAAGAUGUCGUUCUUGGGUACCAUGUCCCUCAGUGUCCUGAGGCUUAUGGGCAGUCAGGAGAACUAACAUAUCCCCAGGUCUGUGCCUCACUUGUCAAAUCUUUGCUUGCUCCUACAGUCUCACAGAAUCUUGCAUCCUCUGUGUCUUGUUAAUGCCCAUCCCUCGGUUGUCUUUAGGCCUUCUUCACUAGGGCUAGACCUUAAAGUAACUGGCCUGUGUAUCUGCCUCGAGUUUGGAGACCCUUUUGCCCUGAUGCUUAUGGAACCGCAUUCUAUUUGAGAAGAGGGCUUUUCUUUCUAUUUGCCUAACCAUGAAGCCUAUUUGGCUGUGUAUGAACACAGCUGUCUCUCCCCUCACUGUGAGUUUUAGGCUCAGAGGACUAAGAUGUGAUGUCCAGUCAAAACCUGGGUUAUGUAGUAGUGUACCUAGUUAGCAAUCAGAAGGUGUCUUUGAAUACAGGUUUUAUUCCCCUAAAUUUCUUUACCCUAAAACUUGGCAGGGCCCUCGUGAAUGGAUUAAUGCCAUUAUCCCCAGAGUGGGUUCCUGAUACAGGGAUGAGGCUUGGCCCUCUUUUUUCCGCUCUCUCACCUCACACCUCUGCCAUGGGUUGAUGCAGCACUGAGGCUCUUGUCAGAUGCCAGCAUGUGUGCUUGGACUUCCCAGGCUCCAGAAAUGUGAGUUGCUGUUCAUUAUAAAUUACCCAGUCUGUAGUUUUCUUUUAUAGCAGUGUAAAACAAACUAGGACACCCCUACACAGAGAAAUACUUUUUAUAUCAGGACUGAUGUCAUUUGGAUAAACACACAGGCUAUACACUGCACAGCUCUGAGGGCAUCAUUUAUACAGACUGGAAUGUGGGCUGAUAUCCCUGGGAUUAAACCCAAGGUGACCUAGAUUAUCUAAAACUUUGAAGCAAAAUCUUCAUAAAUAAUAGUUACAUUUACUCUCUAUGAUACAUUGACAUUACCCUGUCUUAUCCUGUCCCAUCCUAUCCUGUCUUAACUCUGACAGUCCAUUUUGCAAUGCUUUAAAGGAAUAUAUGAGACUGGGUAAUUUAUAAAGAAAAGAGGUUUAUUUGGAUCACAAUUCUGCGGACUGUACAAGAAACAUGGUGCCAGCAUCUACUUGUCUUUUGGGGAGGCCUCAGGAAGCUUUUUCUCAUGGCAGAAGGUUAAAUAGGAACAAGAGUGUCAUAUGGUAAGAGAGGAAGCAAGAGAAAGAGGAGGAGAUACCAGGCUCCUACAAAAACCCAUAUGAGCUAACAGAGUGAGAACUCAUUCAUUACCAUGGGGAGGGCACUAAGCCUUUCAUGAGGGAGCUGCCCCCAUGACACAAACACCUUCCACCAGGCCUCACUUCUGACACUGGGGAUCAGAUCACAUUUCAACAUAAGAUUUGGAGGGGACAGAUAUCCAAACCAUAUCACUAGCCUAUGCUAUUGUAUCCCAUCUCCUUCCAUUUCAAAAUAAUGGUUAAGGCUGGUUGUGGUGGAUCACGCCUGUCAUGCCAGCACUUUGGGAGGCUGAGGUGGGCAGAUCACUUGAAAUGGGGAGUUUGAGAUCAUCUUGGUCAACAUGGCGGAACAUCAUCUCUACUAAAAGUACAAAAACUAGCCUGGUGUGGGGGGAACGUGCCUGUAGUCCCAGCUACUCAGGAAGCUGAGAUAAAAGAAUUGCUUGAAGCUGGGAGGUGGAGGUGGCAGUGAGCUGAGAUUGCACCACUGCACUCCAGUCUGGGUGACAGAGAGCGAGACUCUGUCUAAAAAAAAAAGAAAAAAAUGACUAUCAAGACUCAUAUUAGGGUCCAAUCAGGAAAGCAGAGCCACCAUGAGUAUUUAGAAUAUGAGAUUGCUCAUAGGACUUGAUACUUUUACACAGUUACACAAUUUCAAUUGUGGUUCUAGGGAAGCUUUACUUAACUGGAGAAGUAAAGGUCUGGAACAGGACAGUGAUAUGAAACUACAAAGAGAGAAGCAGACAAGUCUGAGGAAAGCUAUUGCCUCUGCAGCUAGAGGGACUGAGGUGGUUGUUGUGGGCCCACAGAGCAGGCAGCUGGGAAAAAACCCUGCACAUAAGGUGGAGAAGUGUAAAGAGAGACUGGAGCUCAUGGACAUAAGUGAGAGGACACCUGGGAGCCUGGUAUGUCUCUCAUGGAAUCUAACUUUGAAGACGUGUUUGAACAGCAAAAAAGCUGAUGGCCCUCAUCUUGGAAGUAUAUACAUGUCUGGCCUGGGAGCUGAAAGAGAUGAUCUGGCAGGUGCUGGGGGAGCUGCAGGUGGCUGCCACCCCGGGCAAUCCCACUCCAACAGGCUGAGCCUACACAUCAGUGACCAUGCGUACAUUCCACUGCUGCAUUGGGGCCCUGUGUUGAGCUUCUGACUGUCAUGGCAUCUGCUUCAUGUCAAUUUCCAUAUCUUGCACAAAUUUCUCUUACAACCAGCCCCAAUUUGGUGCCAUAUAUGUAAGGGAAAUCUGGAAAAUGGAGUUCUAGUUUAGAUAAUACUACAGUACAAAGUCAGCCCCUCCAAUAAUGGGGUGGCUUCAGUGAUGUGCUGGAGUCAACUUGAACCAGCUCGUGGGGAGCCAGUUGUUAAAUUUUCAGGAAUUUUGCAAGCCAGUAGUUAAAAGAAAACGUUAAAGUUCAAUUAUCUGAACUUACAAUUUAAAUAAAUUAUGCUAAAACAAAGAUAAUACAAUACUCCAAACUCACACUAAUAUUUUCAGUUUUGUCUAGUUGAUCUUCAUGGUGGGCAGCAAAGUCUUGGCUCAGUUCUUCCAGGUUCCAGCUGCUACCCCUUCUGUUGGCUUACUGGGGUCUCACCAGUACAUUUGAAGUCUAGUAGUCAGCCAUAUAUUUGGAGGGUUAUUACAUGUUGAUUCUUCUUUCUCUCAGGAUUUUCCCUAUACGUUUCUAGCUGUUCUACCAGACUCUAACUCUGUUUUCCAGCACCUCUUGCCAGAGCAGCCACAAUUUUCUGACACUCAAAGCUGUGCCCAUGUGUCAGGGAUAUCCAUAGGCAAAAAGCCACAGACUCAUUCACAUUCCCUUCUAGGUUCUGUCUUUCAAAGCUGGGCAUCCCUCCAGUUUCUCCUUGCAUUGGCCUGGGCUCCAGGUGCCUUCCAGAGUCGUUUUGUUUGGUUUUAACUGUAUUUUAUUUCUGAAGGAGACUUAGUCUGAACAAGCUACUUUGCCAUUACCAGAAGCUGGAUUAUUUUUGGUUAUUCUAGGAAUUCUAUUUGUUUUUAAAUUGAGAAUUAGAUAUUAUGCCUGAAAAUACCUGACCACUAGAAUUGCUGAGAGGAUGUCUCUGAUUAACUAAUAUUUUUUAAUGGUAGGGCAGAUGUCCUUUGCUUCUGCUAGGCUUUUAGAUUUUCCUCUCAUCCCUAAUGUUUUGCCAUUUCACACUGUGUGUCCAGGUAUAUGUUUAUUUUAAUUUUAUUUCUAAGAAUUAAUGUGUGGAAUUGAUUUAAUUUUUCUGUAUUAAUUAUGGACACACAGUUUUAAGAAAUAACUCACAGACGUCCUAAAUACCUCUCACCCACUUUCCUCCCAUGUUAACAUCUUGUGUAAUAUAUACUAUGAUUUUAUAACAAGGAGGCUAACACUGAUAGAAUCCAUUGGCCUUAUUUAGAUUUCACCAGUUUUACAUGUACUCAUUUGUGUCUAUAUUUUUUGUCUAUGCAAUUUUGUUAUCUAUAGAUUCCUGUGAUGUCACCACAGUCAGGAUACAGAACAGUUUCAUCCUAUGAAUUUCUUUUACUACCCUUUCAUAGCACCACUUUCUAGUGACUGGCUACCACUAAUUCGUUUGCCAUUUUUUUAAAUUUUAAAAAUUGAUGCAUAAUGAAUGUACAUAGUUUUUGGGGUGCAUGUGAUAAUUUAAUACUUUCAUAUAAUUUGUAAAGAUCAAAUCAGUGUGCUUGGGAUAUUGAUAUUCAUCACCUUAAAUAUUUACCAUUUCUUUACGCAAGAAAUGUUGAAUUAUUAUCUUCUAGUUACUUUGGAAUGUACAAUAGAUUAUUAGAAACUAGGUCAACCUACUGAUUUACAGAGCACAGUGUCUUAUUUUUUAUUUUCCAUCUUUAUAAAUUUAUUUAAAAUUUUUAAAGGCUUGAGUCACCGCGCCCGGUGAGGCUCUGCUGGUUCUGCAUGAUGGCCCUGAGCUCCUUGAGGAAGAGCCCGGCGCACCGGAUUCUCCGGCAGCCUCUCCAAGCCGCCCACCCGCCUCCUGUGCCCUGGCUGCGCCUGGGCCGGUGGCUGGGAACAUGAGGGACCGGGAUCCUAUCAGCCCAGCGUUCCGCUUGCUACCUUCUUCCCCAGAACUUACUUCCCUCCCACAGCUGGCGCCGCGUCACCGCCACCCUGGCCUUCACACACCCACCGCGGGACGGUGCCAAGACCCAGGGCAGCCCCUCCUGUCUUGGCGUCCAGAGGAGGCUCUUACUAGCCGGAUAUAGAGAAGAGGGAGAAAGCGAGCAAGACGUUCGGAUAUGGGAAGGAAGCAGUAUAAAUGCAGGGGUCUGUAGAAGGAAGGUGAAUCUGACUGGCGAGACGCAAAAGUGAGUGAGUGAGUGAGUGAGUGAGUGAGUGAGUGAAGAGAAAUCAGCGAUACUGGGAAGGUUACUCCUUUUUGCUCCAACAUUCCCCAAACCUUCUCAAACACUGAUAUUUUCCCCUUUCCCCACAACUCUUUCAGGCUUCUGCCCCCAAACACCUUCUCACCCCUUCACACCACAUCACCAAGGACCUUUCGAUUCCUACGCACCCGAUUUCUCUGUCCCCUCGCACCCGCUUGCUUCUCUUGCUCCCACCAUGGCAGUGCCCAUCUGCUCCUCCUCGCUCACUCAGGUCUGCUGCUCGGGACGCCUUUGGCGACGGCGAGGGAGAUUCUUGUUGAAGAGGGGCUCCGGGGCAGCAUGGCAAUCCGGGGGACCUUUCUUCUCAUUGUUGGCCUUGGCCCCAAGUGUCCCCAGGUGCUGAUGGAGCGCCUGGGGUGUGUGAGCCCUGCCGUCAGGCCAGGCUGGGGUUGCGCCAGGAGCUGUCCAUGGUCCUGAAACGAUGUCGGCUGAGACGCCGCCUGUGACUUGGCGAGCGAGCGCUGUCCGUAGUGCUGAAGAGGUUCCUGGGCCCCGGCACUGGCGGCAGCGAUACUUAGGAGGCCGGCAGCCGGAAGACCACCAGGUAAGGAAUCCUGGCGGAGGCUACGCUUGCAGCAGGUGCUGAUGCUCCCACAAGCAGCGAUUCUCCGCGCUCAGCUCCGUCCAGCCGCCGCUCCAGCUUGUCGAUGCUCUGGCGCUGAGUGUGGACAAGGCUCUGCUGGUUCUUUUUGGUUCUUUCUCUUUUUUCUUUUGACAGAGUCUUGUUCUGUUGCGAGGCUGGAGUGCAGUGGCACGACCUCAGCUCACUGUAACCUCUGCGUCCCAGGUUCAAGCGAUUCUUCUGCCUCAGCCUCCCGAGUAGCUGAGACUACAGGCGCGUGCCACCAGUACCAGGUGCCUAGAGUAUAGAAGGGAGAUGUGCUAAGUGCUGAGCAAGGAUGGCACUGUUAUUGGAGUUAAGCUGCACUGCAGGCUGCUUUUAAACUUCUCUGGGAUUGCUUUCAUCAUCAUUACAUGGGAGAGGUUAAAUGGAACCUUAGGACAUCUUUCAGACUUGUGAUUGAUUUUUGUGGCUAGCUCUUCCUCAAAGGUUGAGAACAUACUGUUUAUCAGAGCACAUGCAUCCUUAGCUAGAUGUGAUGGCACAUGCCUGUAGUCCCACUUGCUCAGGAGGCUGAGGAGGGAGGAUUGCUAGAGACCAGUCUGGUUAACAAAGGAGAUCUGUCACUUAAAAAAAAAAGAAGAAGAAGCUCCAUUUGUACUCUCCAACUGGGGUCUCCAGACUCCAAAAGAGGUAUUCCAAAAGUAUGGGGAUAGAUAGAAAAGAAAAAUAGCUCAGCAAUGUGAGUGAGCCAUGUGAGGCCUGCAGAAUUUAUCAGGCCCAGAGAGUCAUUAACAUGGGACUAAAGUCAUGCCCUACCAUGCCCAGGGCCAGUUCUUCAAAGGCAUUUUGUUUCUGCCCAGCUGCCUCACCCAAUAUCUUUUUCCUGGAAUUUUUUAUACAACAACAACAAAAAACAAUGUAUAGCCAGUCAGUAGCUUAUGUCAUUUUAAUGUAAAUUCUUGAUAACUUAGAAAUUGCCUCUUCCUUUAAAAGUCCACUUGUCACUGCUGCUGAUGGGAGCAUAUAUUCAGGGCAACUUGAGUCAAUCUUCCUGGGUUGCAGUUCUCAAACUUGGUAUGAAUAAAUUCUGCCAAUCCUGUUUUUGCUUACUAUGUAAUAAGACUUAAUUGUUUUCAAAAUAAAGUGUGCCUUUUGUUGUCUUCCUGAAAUAAGUUAGUUUUCUUCAUAAACUUUAAAAUAUUGCUUGAAAUUUAAGAUUUCAUCCACUGGAAUCCCUGAAAGUUAUGGCCUUAAAUAAUGACUUUUUUUCUUUCUCUUACAGCUGUUUGGGGCAACUUUGUUAAUAUGAGGUCUAUCCAGGAAAACGGCGAACUAAAAAUUGAAAGCAAGAUUGAAGAGAUUGUUGAACCACUAAGAGAGAAAAUCAGAGAUUUAGAAAAAAGCUUUACCCAGAAAUACCCACCAGUGAAGUUUUUAUCAGAAAAGGAUCGGAAAAGAAUUUUGGCAGAAAAAACAAAGAACUUUGUCAGCUGAAGCCUAGUCAUAGGAGAAGUCCUUUCCAUGGCGGACAUGGCCACAGGAGUGAAGUGUGGAAUAAUUUAUUGGCUAUUUGGUGGUGCUAUCAGGAAUCUCAGCAGCCCUGAACAUGUUACUAAGUGGUUUCAGCAACUCCAGGAGCAGAAAUACACUGGGAUGUUUGCAAUGACCGAGAGGGGCCAUGGGAGCAAUGUGAGAGGGAUCCAGACCGAAGCCUCCUUUGACCUCUCUGCCAGGUGAGGAAUCUUGAACACCAGGUGUGAAGAUGCUGAGAUGUAUAUUGGAAACGCCAUGUGUGGAAAUUAUGCAGCUGUCUUUGCCCAGCUCACCAUAGAUGGAAGAUCCUUAGGGCCCCACUGUUUCAUCAUUCCUGCCCGUGAUGAAAAUGGAAGCUUGUACCCAGGAGUGACAGCUACUGAUAUGACAUACAAGGAGGGUCUGCAUGGUGUGGACAAUGGGAUUUUAAUAUUUCACCAGGUUCGGAUAUCCAGGGAGAAUCUGCUGGAUAAGUUUGGUUCCGUGGCUCCAGAUGGCCAGUACCGUUCUCCUGUUAGGAACAAGAGUGCAAGAUUCAAUGCCAUGCUGGCAGCACUGACCCCUUCGAGAUUAGCUGUGGCUUUCCAAGCUAUGGGUGUCAUGAAGCUUGGGUUGACGAUAGCCAUUCGCUAUAGCCACCGAGACAUGGAUGAAUCUGGAGAACAUCAUCCUCAGCAAACUGACACAAGAACAGAAAAUGAAACACCGGAUAUUCUCACUCAUAGCAUUUUAGGAAUCUCUGUUGACCUGGGCAGAGCUCUGAAUGAGAGACACCAUUUGAGAAAAGGCACCAAACAAAUCAAAAAGCAACUUUACAAGAGAAGAUACAAAAGUGUACCUGAUUGCUUGCCAAAGAAAUAAAAUAGAUGAUACGUACUGUGAAAUACAGCAAUUUCUCUUUAUCCUUUAUCCCAUGCUUUGCUUUCUGUGGUUUCAGUUACCUGCAUUCAAUCUUGUUUUGAAAAUAUUAAGUGGAAAAUUUCAGAAACAACUUAUGAGUUUUAAAUUGUGUACCAUCCUGAGUAAUGUGAUAAAAUCUGAAGCCAUCCUGCUCCAUCCCAUCCUUAAUGGAAUCCUCCUCUUGUCUAGAUUACCCACACAUUAAUCACUUAGUAACUGUCUCAGUUACUAAGUUAACAUCAUAUGUAAUGUUGAAAGAUUGAAUGCUUUCUACCUAAAAUUAGGAACAAAACAAGAAUGUCUACUUUUUCCAUGUCUAUUCAACAUCAUGUUGAGGUUCUAGCCAAGACAAGUAGGCAAGGAAAAUAAUAAAAGUCACGUAAAUUGGAGAGGAAGAAGUAAGCUAUCCCUUUUUGCAGAUAAUGUGCCUUCAUAUAUAGAAAAUCUUACAGAAUCUACCAAAAAUUUAUUAGAAAUAACAUUUUCAGCAAGAUAAAUCAAUAAAUAAAAAUCAAUUGUAUUUCUAUAGGCUAGCAAUGAACAAUCCAGAAAUGAAAUUAAGAAAAUAACUCAAUUUAUAAUAGCAUCAAAAAGAAUAAAAUACUUAAGGGUACUUUUAACGGAGAAGUUAAAGAAGAUGUGAAUAUAUGGAAUAUAUAUGUUCAUGGAUCAGAAGAUGUAAUGUUGUCAAGGUGACAAUACUCCCCAAAUUAAUCUACAGAUACAACGCAAUCUCUAUCAAAAUCCCAGAAGCCUGUCUUUUUAGAAACUGACAAGCUGAUCCUAAAAUUUGUGGAAAUAUAAACAACAAUCUUGAGAAGGAGUAACCAAGUUGGAAGACUCAGAUUUCUCAAUUCAAUAACUUAAUACAAAACUGCAGUAAUCUAGACAGUGUGGCACUGGAAUUGAAUAGAUAUGUAGGUCAAUAAAUUUAAAUCAAGAGCACAGAAAUAAAUCCCUAAAUUUGUGGCCAAUUUAUUUUUUACAAAGAUGCUAAGACAAUUCAAUGAAAGAAUGGUCUUUUCAAUAAAUGGUGCUAGCGCAACUGGAUAUUGAUAUGCAAAAAAUGAAGUUGGACCCGUAUGCAACAGUUAAAAUGGAGCACGGGCCUAAAUUUAAGACACAAGACAAUAAACCUCUUAGAGGAAAACAGGAGCAAAUCUUUGCAACUGUAGGUUAGGCAGUGGUUUAUUAGAAAGAAUACCAAAAGCACAAUUACAAAAGAAAAAUAGUAUAUGCCUUGGACUUCAUAGGAAGUAAAAUAUUUUUUGUGCUUCAAAAGUCACCAUCAAGAAAAUGAAAGAUAAUCCAUAGAGUAGGUGAAAAUAUUCUGAAUUAUAUAUCUGGUAUAUACAUCUGGACUUGCAUCUAGAACAUAUAUGAAUUCUUGCAGUUCAACAAUAAAAUGGCAAAUAAUUCAAUUGGAAAAUGGACAAAGAUAAGAUCCAAAGGUAUUUCUCCAGAGAAGAUGUACAAAUAACCAAUAAGCACAUGAAAAAGUACUAAAAAUCAAGCAUUCCUAUACACCAAUAACAGACUUAAAGAGAGCCAAAUCAAGAACAAACCACCAUUCACAAUUACUACAAAGAGAAUAAAAUACCUAGGAAUACAACUUACAAGAAAUGUAAGGAACCUCUUCAAGGAAAUCUACAAACCACUGCUUAAUGAAAUAAGAGAGGACACAAACAGAUGGAGAAACAUUCCAUGUUCAUGGUUAGGAAGAAUCAAUAUCAUGAAAAUGGCUAUACUACCCAAAGUAAUUUACAGAUUCAACACUAUCCCCAUCAAGCUACCAUUGACUUUCUUCACAGAACUGGAAAAAACCACCUAGAACUUCAUAUGGAACCAAAAAAGAGCCCGCAUAGCCAAGUCAAUUCUAAGCAAAAAGAACACAGUGGGAGGCAUCACACUACCAGACUUCAAACUAUACUACAAGGCUGCAGUUAUCAAAACAGCACGAUCCUGGUACCAAAACAGAGAUGUAGACCAGUGGAACAGAACAGAGGCAUCGGAGGCAACACAACAUAUCUACAACCAUAAAAUCUUUGAUAAACCUAACAAAAACAAGCAAUGGGGAAAGGACUCCCUGUUUAAUAAAUGGUGUUGGGAAAACUGGCUAGCCAUGUGCAGAAAGCAGAAACUGGACCCCUUCCUGACACCUUACACUAAAAUUAACUCCAGAUGGAUUAAAGACUGAAACAUAAGACCUGGUACCAUAAAAACCCUAGAAGAAAAUCUAGGCAAAACCAUUCAGGACAUAGGAGUAGGCAAGGACUUCAUGACCAAAACAUCAAAAGCAUUGGCAACAAAAGCCAAAAUAGACAAAUGGGACCUAAUCAAACUCCACAGCUUAUGCACAGCAAAGAAACAGUCACUAGAGUGAAUCAGCAACCAACAGAAUGGGAAAAAUUUUUUGCAGUUUACCUAUCUGACAAAGGGCUGAUAUCCAGAAUUUACAAAGAACUCAAACAGAUUUACAAGAAAAAAACAAACAAGCCCAUUCAAAAAUGGACAAAGGAUAUGAACAGACACUUUACAAAGGAAGACAUACAUGAGGCCAACAAACAUGAAAAAAUGCUCAUCGUCACUGGUCAUCAGAGAGAUGCAAAUCAAAACUACAUUGAGAUACCAUCUCAUGCCAGUUAGAAUGGCGAUCAUUAAAAAAUCUGGAGACAACAGAUGCUGGAGAGGAUGUGGAGAAAAAGGAACACUUUUACACUGUUGGUGGAAGUGUAAAUUAGUUCAACCAUUGUGGAAGACAGUGUGGCGAUUCCUCAAGGCCUUAGAAAUAGAAAUUCCAUUUGACCCAGCAAUCCCAUUACUGGGUAUAUAUCCAAAGGACUACAAAUUAUUCUACUAUAAGGACACAUGCACAUGAAUGUUCAUUGCAGCACUGUUUACAAUAGCAAAGACCUGAAACCAACCCAAAUGCCCAUCGAUGAUAGACUGCAUUGGGAAAAUGUGGCACAUAUACACCAUGGAAUAUUAUGCAGCAAUCAAAAAUGAUGAGUUUGUGUCCUUUGUAGGGACAUGGAUGAAUCUGGAGAACAUCAUUCUCAGCAAACUGACACAUGAACAGAAAAUGAAAUACUGCAUAUUCUCACUCAUAGGUGGGUGAUGAACAAUGAGAACACAUG